ACUAUUACAAUUUUUAUUAGUGCCAAUAAUUCCUUUUCAAACCCCAGCAAAUCCCCCCCACAAAAAAAAACCUGGAAACAGGCAGACAAAAGUUGCAGAGGUUGGAGGCGGCCAAAUAGCAGAAGCAAUUUCAAUUCACGCUUCUUUAAACAUUCUCUUCGCAGUUUGGAAGGAUUUGGUAGAGAAAGUUGAGAAAUGAGUACCGUGGAUAAGAUGCUGAUAAAGGGAAUCCGGAGCUUCAGCCCGGAAAAUACCCUCGUUAUCACAUUCUUUAGGCCCUUAACACUUAUCGUCGGCCCCAAUGGCGCCGGUAAAACGACCAUAAUUGAAUGCCUGAAGCAUGCCUGUACAGGAGAGAUGCCUCCAAAUGCAAGGUCCGGCCACAGUUUCAUUCAUGACCCCAAGGUUGCAGGAGAGACUGAAACAAAGGCCCAGAUUAAGCUUAGGUUUAAGACUGCAGCUGGCAAGGAUGUAGUAUGCAUACGAUCAUUCCAACUCACACAGAAGGCAUCUAAAAUGGAGUAUAAAGCUAUUGAGAGUGUUUUACAGACAAUAAACCCUCAUACUGGCGAGAAGGUAUGCCUUAGUUACAGAUGUGCUGACAUGGACAGAGAGGUUCCUGCUCUUAUGGGAGUUUCAAAAGCUAUAUUAGAAAAUGUAAUAUUUGUGCACCAGGAUGAUGCAAACUGGCCACUUGCAGAGGCAUCAAUACUAAAGAAAAAGUUUGAUGACAUUUUUUCGGCUACAAGAUACACAAAAGCCUUGGAGGUAAUAAAGAAGCUUCACAAAGAGCAAGCUCAGGAAAUUAAGAUGUAUAAGCUGAAACUAGAGAAUCUGCAAACUCUGAAAGAUGCAGCAUACAAGCUCCGUCAAAGCAUUGAACAGGACCAAGACAAAGUUACCUCUGUAAAAAAUCAAAUUCAAGAGUUAGAGAAAAAUAUUCAGAAUAUACAGACUAAAAUUGAUCAGACAGAAGUAACCCUCAAGGAUUUAAGGAAGCUGCAAGAUGAAGUUCGGAUGAAGGACACAAAACGGAGCACUCUUUUUAAGCUUCAACAGACACAAUAUGCAGCCCUUGCUGAAGAAAAUGAGGAUACUGACGAGGAGCUUAGAGAAUGGCAAGUGAAAUUUGAAGAAAGAAUUGCCCAUUUGAAAUCCAAAAUUAGCAAGUUGGAAAGAGAGCUUAAUGAUACAUCAACAGAGAGUGAUGUUCUUACCAAGACAAUUAAUGAUACAUUUCGGGAGAUGGGCAAGCUACAGGCUCAAGCAGAUGCUCAUUUAUCAGUGAAGCAUGAUCGUGAUAAAUAUAUUCAGACUAUGUUUGUAAAACACAAUUUAGGUGUAGUUGAUAACAUACCUCUCAACAAUGAAUUGGCAUUUAAUCUCACCAAUCGAGCAAAACAACGUCUCAAAGAACUUCUGAAGGAUAGUGCAGCUAAAAAGGAGUCUAAUGACAUGGAAAUCAAAAGCAUAUGGAAAGCUUUUGAAUCUGUCAGCAAACAGUGCAGUGAGUUUGAAGGUCAAAAACUUGCAAAACAACAAAAGAAGGAGGAGAUAACAUAUCGCCUCAAGGAGAUUGACCAAGAGUUGGAAAACCCAAGAAAGUCAGAUACAGAUCUGGCUCGUAUUGAUGAGAAAGAAAGGCUGUUGGAGGAGGAGGUUCAGAGGAAAACAAGUCAGCUUGAUGAGCGAGAUUUUGAAUCAGAUAUACAGGAGAAGAUAAAUGAAAGAUAUAGGUUAGAGAAAAACAUAAAGGCCCUUCAGCGCGAAAAGGAUGGCAUGGCUAGUGAAUCUGAAGAUAGAAUCAAACUAGGUCUUAAGAAGGACGAGCUGGAGAGCUUCAAGAGGAAAAUAACUAAGAUAAUUGAUGACAAUAAGGAGAGGAUAAAAGCUACACUCAAAGGGCGACUUCCCUCGGUGAAAGACCUGAAAAAGGAGAUCAACUCUGCUUUAAGUGUUCAUAAAAUGGAAUAUGAUGAUUUGCUUGCAAAGUCAGUUGAAGCCGAAAAAGAGUUGCAGUUAGUGGAAAUGAAGAUAAAAGAGGCAGGCAAUAACCAAGUAAAGUAUCAACGAGAUAGAGAAGGCAGGAGAAGAUUUCUUGAAACAAAGCUUCAAUCCUUGGUUCAGUCAUCGAUGGAGAUUGAUGGGUUUCCUGGAGUAUUGGAAGAUGCAAUUGAGAAGAGAAACAUUCGUAAAAGCCAACAUGAUAUUGCAGAUGGCAUGCGCAGGAUGUUCGAUCCAUUUGAAAGAGUUGCACGUGCAAAUCAUGUGUGCCCAUGUUGUGAGCGUUCUUUUACACCUGAAGAAGAGGAUGAUUUUGUUCGGAAGCAAAGGACAAAGAGUUCAAGUUCAGCAGAACGUGUUAGGGAAUUAGCUAUGCAUUCAUCCAAUGCAGAUGCACAUUUUCAGCAGUUAGACAAGCUGCGUUCAGUUUAUGAUGAAUAUGUUAAGCUUGGAAAGGAGUUAAUUCCUUCAUGUGAUAAACUUUUGGAUGAGUUAUCCGAAGACCGAGAAAGGAAAUUGCAGGCGCAUGAUGAUCUUCUUGGUCUUCUAGCACAUGCAAAAUCGGAGAAAGAUUCUGUGGAAAGGUUGCUUCAACCUGUGGAAACCACAGACAGGUUCUGGUUAGAGAUGCAGAAUGUACAAAAGCAGGUUGAAGAUCUGGAAUACAAGCUUGAUGUUAGAUCUCAAGGUUUACGUUCUAUGGAGGAAGUUAAUUCUGAGCUGGCAUCUCUUGAAGAUAAACGUGAAAGUCUGCAAAGACAACUAGAAAAGGUUAGGGAUGAUCAAAAACACAUGACGGAUGAUUUGCUAGCAUUGAAAUUGCGCUGGCAUGGUGCAAGAGAGGAAAAACUGCAUGCUUGUAAUGAACUGACUAGAAUUAAGCAUCUACGAGAGGAACAGGAAAAACUAGAAGAUCAAAAGGUCCAGACAGAACUUGAUGAACAGGUGUUAGUGGAAGGUUUUAUUCCUGUGUCUAAAGAAAAGGAAAAAUUAAGAAAGGAUUAUGAUACAAUGAAGUUAAAAUUUGAGUGUGAGAAUGAAGAACGUUCCAAAUUGUUGGGAAUUUUCCAGCAAGAUGUUGAUAUGCUUUUCAGCUAUUCAUCUAAAAUCAAAGAAUACCUGGAUUCCAGAAGUGAGGAAAGGCUGAAAGAACUGCAGGAAAAACUUUCACUUUGUGAAUCUCAACAGCGUCAGUGUGAGAAGAGAAAAUCAGACAUUUCAGCUGAGCUGAAUAGAAGCCAAGAAUUGUUACGCAGCCAGGACCAAGUGAAAAGAAAUAUAGAUGAUAAUAUAGCUUAUCGGAAAACUAAAGCAGAUGUUGACUCUCUAGCUCAAGAAAUGGAAGCUUUAGAUGAUAAAAUUGUUAGCAUUGGUGAACCUUCUGCUGUCGAAGCAGAUUUAAAGAGAUAUUUGCAGGAAAAAGAAAAACUUCUAUCCGAGUUGAACCGAUACCAAGGAACAAUAGGAGUCUAUCAGAGCAAUAUAUCAAAGAACAAACUUGAUCUGAAGCAAGCUCAAUACAAGGACAUUGACAAACGAUACUGUGAUCAGCUUAUUGAGUUAAAGACCACAGAAAUGGCUAACAAGGACUUGGAUAAAUAUUAUAAUGCACUUGACAAGGCAUUGAUGCGUUUCCAUUCCAUGAAAAUGGAAGAAAUAAACAAGAUUAUAAAAGAGCUUUGGCAACAAACUUAUCGUGGACAAGACAUAGAUUAUAUAAGUAUCCGCUCAGAUGCAGAAGGUGCAGGCACACGAUCUUAUAGUUACCGGGUUGUGAUGCAAAGUGGUGAUGCUGAGUUGGAAAUGCGAGGUAGAUGCAGUGCUGGUCAAAAGGUACUCGCUUCUCUUAUAAUCAGGUUAGCACUGGCAGAAACGUUUUGCCUCAAUUGUGGAAUAUUAGCACUUGAUGAACCGACUACAAAUUUAGAUGCACCAAAUGCAGAAAGUCUUGCUACUGCCCUACUGAGAAUAAUGGAGGACAGGAAAAACCAGGAAAAUUUUCAACUGAUAGUUAUCACUCAUGAUGAAAGAUUUGCUCAGUUAAUUGGUCAACGGCAACAUGCUGAGAGAUACUAUCGUAUCUCAAAAGAUGAACACCAGCACAGUAUAAUUGAAGCUCAAGAGAUCUUUGAUUGAAAGCAUAUGAACGGUUACUCUUUCUGGAGAAACUACUAUAUAAAUGGACUACACAUUAUUAGAUGAGAGUUUUUAUUUUGUAAUGUUGUCAGAAGGACAAGGGAAUCUAGAGUGUGCUGACAAGAAAUAUGAAUUUUCAUUUUUCCAGUCCUCUAUUUUAUAUGCUCUGUAAAUUUGUUUCUCUUCAGCCUUAUUUUAGCCAGUGAAAUUGAGCUUAAAAAUAGUCAAGAGUGGAUCAAAUGCCAUUUUUUGUUGUUCCUAUUCAACAUUUCAGUGUAUAUGGUUAGUCAUGCUUCAUUUUGUGGAGUAUCAGAAGAUAAAAAUUACUUUGUCGAUUAAGCUAUAUUUUUUGUUCCAGCAGUAAAACAACUCCAAUCACAUUGAAUUUGUUAAAACAAGAACUUCCAAGUCUUAGAGCAUUCCCAAGUUGAUUUGUACCUGCAGGAGAAAAUGAAAUUGCACAUUACAAUUGAGGGUAAAGAUUUCCAAAUUUUAUGAUUUA